UAGGAAACAAAACAAAACAAAAAAAAAAAAGGAACUGUCCCGACGAGUGCAUACAUGCACAUGCCCCGUCAAGAAUCUCGCAAAAUCAAACGCUCUGAACAAAGCCCGAGAAUUUGAAUUUCAUAUUGCGACUCUAUUUCACAUAAAUCAACCUCAGUUUAAUCACCAUCAAUCCAAAUCCACAUCCUCUUUUAAUCGAAUCUUUGUAUAUUUUGAGCUUGAUUAAACACUUACUAUUCAGAUAACAACACUAAUUAUAGUUGUUAUGAGGAAGAGGGAGAGAGAGAACCCAUGUGGGGUUUGUGGGCACUACCACAAGUAUGAGGAGGGAGAAGUCUGCGGGAUUUGCGGCCACCGCUCCACCUCCUCAUCCGAGAAACCAUCCCUUCAUAUCAGCGCCUUCCCCUCCGAGAUCCUUCCGGAGUUUCUCUAUUUGGGUAGCUACGACAACGCCUCUCGCUCUGAGUUGCUUAAGACUCAGGGGAUUACUCGCGUUCUUAAUACAGUUCCUUCCUGUCAAAAUCUCUACAAGAACUCAUUUACCUAUCACUGCCUUCAAGAUGACAAAACUUUACAAUUUGAUGAUGCAAUUGUUUUUUUAGAACAAUGUGAGAAAGACAAGGCUCGAGUUCUUGUGCACUGCAUGUCUGGAAAAAACAGGUCACCAGCUAUUGUAAUAGCUUACUUGAUGAAGCGUAAAGGAUGGAGGUUUCUGCAGAGUUAUCAGUGGGUGAAAGAGCGGAGACCGUCUGUUGACUUAACACAAGCUGUCUACCAGCAGUUGCAGGAGUAUGAACAAAAGAUCUUUGGGUCAAUUGAUGCUGGCAACCCUCCCGUGCCCUUCUUUCCGUCAGCUCUACCAUCCCUUACCUUUGGCUUCACAAAGGCUAGUGAUCCGGUUACUGUCCCUGCUUUCAGUAGUAGCUUUGGCACAGCCUCCAUUUUUUCUGGAGCUCUAAAUAUUCCUCCACAGGAGUUUACAUUUGGAGCUGGCCAGGCCAAGAAGAACGUCUCUGAAACUACUUUCGCUGACAACAUACCAAACCCAAAUGCGAGUGAUAUGCCAAUGGAUAGUUCUUGAAUCACUUCCCUCUUUCUUUGGGAGAUCAGCCAUGUGCCACAAGUUGACCGAGCCCGCUUAGGUAAAAUUUUUAAAUUUAUCUGAAAUCUGGUUGUAAAGUGGGAGUAAAUGCCCUGACUUUUCGUUUGUGAGAUUUGAGGUUCAGAUACAGUCUGGGUUCCUUCUUCUUCAGUUCAAUAUUCCACGGCUGUGCUAUCUGGCUUGUUCUCAAAAUUGAUACAAGAUAUGUUUUAAAUAGAGAUUUUAGCCUUGCUUAGUGUGUAAA